AUGUGUGGAAUCCUAGCAAUUUUACUUACAAACCCUGCUAUCUCUGCAAGUUUAGAAUUAUUUGAAGGUCUACAAAUUCUACAACAUAGAGGUCAGGAUGCAACAGGAAUUAUUACUUGUGGUCACAAAGGUCGUCUUUAUCAAUGUAAAGGAAAUGGAAUGGUUCGUGAUGUUUUUAAUCAUGAAGUUUUAUUACAUUUGGAUGGAAGCCUUGGUGUUGGUCAUGUAAGAUAUCCAACUGCUGGUACGUCUUCAAGUUCAGAAGCACAACCAUUUUAUGUUAAUAGCCCAUAUGGUAUAGUUUUUGCCCACAAUGGCACUCUUAUAAACGCAAAGGAUUUAAAGGGAUUCUUGGAUGUUAAAGCUCAUCGACAUAUCAAUACAGAUUCUGAUUCAGAAUUGUUGUUAAAUAUAUUUGCUGAUAACUUGCAAGAAAUUGGAAAAUUUAGAGUUAAUGAAGAAGAUAUUUUCACUGCCAUAAAAGGAAUUUAUCAAAAAUGCAUAGGCGGAUUUGCAUGUGUUGCAAUGAUUGCAGGAUUUGGUAUUAUUGGAUUUCGUGAUUUAAACGGAAUUCGCCCGAUAUGUUAUGGAAAAAGGAAGAAUAGCCAUGGUACUGAUUAUAUGUUUUCAUCUGAAAGUGUUGCGUUGGAUGCAUUAGGCUUUUCAGAUGUCAUUGAUAUAAAUCCUGGCGAGGCUGUUAUCAUCACAAAACAAGCAAUUACAAAGCGUCAAUUAGUAGAAGUAGAGAAAUUGAAUUUUUCACCAUGUAUAUUUGAAUAUGUUUAUUUGGCUCGUCCGGAUUCUGUAAUAGAUGGAAUCUCUGUGUAUCGUUCAAGAUUAGCAAUGGGUGAAUUUUUGGCUGAUAAAAUGAUUAAAACAUGUGGUGAAAAUUUAGAUAUUGAUGUUGUUAUUCCUGUACCUGAUACUAGUCGUGUGGCUGCUCUUCAAGUUUCUUAUAAACUGAAAAUCACUUAUCGUGAAGGAUUUAUUAAAAAUCGCUAUGUAGGACGUACUUUUAUAAUGCCAGGGCAACAAAUGCGUCGAAAAAAUGUAAGGAGAAAGUUAAAUGCUAUGGCGUUAGAAUUUGCAGAUAAAAAUGUUCUUAUAGUUGAUGAUUCUAUUGUAAGAGGUACUACAUCUAAAGAAAUUGUACAAAUGGCUCGUGAAGCUGGUGCCAAAAAAGUUUAUUUCGCAUCAUGUGCUCCACCUAUUAGGUAUCCCAAUGUUUACGGGAUUGAUAUGCCAUCACGCCAAGAGUUGGUGGCGCAUAAUCGUGAUGAUGAAAAAAUUGCUCAGGAAAUUGGUGCUGAUAAAGUGAUAUAUCAGGAAUUGGAUGAUCUAAUAGAAUCUUGUAGAAAGUUUAAUCGAAAUAUUUUAAAUUUUGAUUGCUCAGUCUUUGAUGGCCAUUAUAUAACUGGUGGUGUAACGGAAGAAUAUUUAAAAAUUUUAGAAAAUUCGCGUAAUGAUUCUGCAAAAGAUGAUGUUUCAAAUGGUGUAUAUUAUGAACAAGAUACGACAAUAAGUUCAGAUUGUUUAAAUAAAUAA